CAGUGGCGCCACUCGUCAGUCAUCAGCUGGAUUUGUUUGUGAUCGGGACUGGAACUUUGAGUUAUGUGAUUUCGGAGACGGAAAAGUGCCUCAAUUUCCGAGUCAUGGACGCUUGUUCUAAAAGUGGAAGAAAAACAAGAAGAAAAUGAAGAGAUUGAAGAACAAGAGAAGGGAAAUUGGAGUUCGCAUCGGCUGAGAUUCAAGAUUCGCUGGCCAGGACGGCAACGACGAGCGAAACGAGCAGGAACACAAAACGUGCCAUGGUCUGCAGUCUUUCCACUAAAUGAAAUGGUGAUGUUCGGACAAGUUGGAGAUGAACAAGAAGGUGCCGGAGUCGGAGGACCCUAUUUAUAAAAAGAAUUUUUUAGCUAUUUCUUGCACUUGAGCAUCAGGAGAGAGAUGAAAGUUGGAGGAGAUUCCAGUGCAGCAGCUGAGUGUGAGGCAGUCACCCCAGUGCUCCACCAACCCAUUGUCGGCGCCAUGAGUCCGUUCCUGAAGAUGAUGCAGUUGUUCCUGAUGAUGACGGCCACCGUUCUAGGCAUGUUGAUGCUGUUGUUGGUGACGCCGGACAUCGAGGACUCGAUGUUGCGCGCCGUCCGAAGGUACAACCGCCGCAUCCACACCGACCCGGUUCUUCUCCAAACGGUUCGAGAAACUGUGGACGGAAGUGUGGAUAAGGUCGAGGGCAUUCCGGUCGAGCCGGCUGAGGCCACGGCGGUGCUCAAGGACCAGGAGAUGCUGAAAAAGGCGCAGUCAGGGCUCAAGCUGGACGUGCACCGGCGAACUUUCAUCCCGUGGCCCAACUCGGUCGACUGCGGUCACUACGGCGUCCACUUUGUGGAAAAGAAGUCGCUGCCCAUGGUGGCGCUGGUCUCGUUUCCAGGCAGCGGCAACACUUGGGUCAGGUACCUCAUGGAGACCUCGUCAGGGGUCUUCACCGGCAGCGUCUACACCGACCGACAAAUCCUCACAAGAGGGUUUUACGGUGAAGUGAUGCCGCCCGAUUGUGGUUGCACGUCGGUGCAGAAAACGCACGGAUUCGCGUUGGCGGGAAUGGUGCCGCCGACGGCCGAGCAAAAACGUGCCGAGCUCACCCUUUUCAAGGGCAGGGGUGUGCUGCUCUUACGCAACCCCUACGAGGCCAUCGUUUCCUACAGGAAUUUUCUCUACGGCGGACACACAGGCUUCGCGCCUUACGACAGCUUCAGAGGCCCAGAAUGGGAGACGUUUGCGUCUCGUCUGGCGGAGGUUUGGCGCGAACUGGCGGCCACGUGGAUCGUGUACUCGCGAGACGCGAUGGUUUUGCAUUACGAGCUGCUGAAAAACGAGCCAAUCACGCAUUUGAAGAAUAUCCUGCACUUCCUCAAGUUCCCGGUCGACGACCAGCGACUAACCUGCGUCGUCAGCCACAUCGACGGACCCUUCCGAAGGCCGUCAACACAACAAUUGAUGUUUGAAAUCAAGGACCCGUUUCCGGAGAAGGUGCACCGCAUCCUGGACGCGGCGAUCGACCAGGUGAACGCGCUGCUCCGCCAGAAGGGUUGCCAAGCCAUGCCCACGUACUUGUACAAGUUCUACCGACGCCUCGGCAACGCCACCGCCAGCCCCAACGACCUGCCCCUGGCCGCAUGAUCAACCCCGAACUUGAUUCUCAUACUGUGAUCACACACGAAAAAAACCCACCAAAAAUAAUUACAAGAAAAGCGUCGCCUAUUUUCCGCAGUGGAAUUUUACACAUCAAGAGUUGUUUGAUUUCAAGCCGAGGAGACAAAAUGUUUAAUUUUUAUUAAUUUUAUUAAAAUCCUAAGUAUUUAAAUUAUUUCAGAAUUAAAUUUAAACAUCAAUCUUUGUGCUCCUUGGCUUUACACCAAACGGAUAAUUUGUAAAUAUAGCUCAGUUUCCUGAAAACAUUAUUUAAAAUACACGCAAGUGACAAUUAGGGCUGCAUAAUUCACUAAUUGAAUAAGCUGAAGACUUACUGACUAAGUACCUUAGGCAAUAAAACAUAUUAAUUAAACAUUGAAGUUCGCCUUUAGGUUUUUGAGGUAAAUUUUCCACAAAAAGACACUACCAACUUUUUGUGCUCAAAUCAAGUCUUUCAUUAAAAAAGGGCUCAUUUAAAAAACUCAUAUUCAGUGUCUUUUGAGAGAGAAAAUUUCCCUCUUACCAGAGCUGCUUUUCUUUGAUAGUUGAAAAUGAUUAGAUUUUUGAUCAAACAGAAAUGAUUAGUGCACUUCUGAUUUAUAAUUUUGGUUGUGAAACAUUUAGUUUGCAGCCGUUGCGAUUCACACUAAGUGCCACCGAGUAUAAAUAAUCAUCAUAAAAAUUGUAGGUUAAAAAAAAAAUAAAUUAAAAAAACAUUUGUCUUUUUAAACAGUGUAUGAAAUUGCACUUGAGGCCUUUCUCAUCUCGCGAAAAGAAAUUAUGUCUGGUGCAAGCAGUGGUAAAAUUUUCUCUUUUUUUAGAAAAGAUAAGUAGAAUUAAAUUAUAUAAAAUUGAAAUGAACUUUUUAUAUAAAAUACAGUGAAUUACGACCACGGCUAUUCAUACAAGAAAAUCAUUUGUAAACAAUGAAGUCAUUGUUGAUCGAAAUUCUGUGCAGGAUUAUAACAAUUAGGAAGGUCUGAAUAAA